AUGGAAGCCUUUGAGAAGAAAGCCCUGGAAUCCACAACGUUGAGGCCUAAGCGGUGGUACCGAUAUGUUGAGACCUUCAUCAUCUGGCCUCACGGACACAACACCAUAGCGGAUUUCCUGUAUCACAUCAAUAGGAUAUAUCCAGAUAUCCAGUUUACCAUGGAAAUAAAGAAAAAUGCCGCCCUUCCCAUCUUGGGUGUUUUGGUUGAGAGGAAACCAGAUGAUACUUUAGGACAUCGAGUAUAUAGGAAGCCAACUCACAAAGACAGAUAUCUGAAUGCGGAGUCCCACCACCACCCAGCCCAGAAACAGGGGAUAAUAAAUACAUUGAUUCAUCGAACGCGGAUCAUCAGCGAGACAAGACACUUGGCCGAGGAACUAGAACACCUACGCACGGCCCUGAUAGUGAAUGGCUGCACGACGAGAAAAAACGAACGAGCUAUUAAGAGGAGACAUACGCCCAUGGAGAAACGGGAGUACUUAGCGACGACGUAUUUACCUUACGUGAAAGGUUGUACAGAUAAAAUCGGGCGUCUUUUAAAGAAGAGGAAUAUCAACACAGUAUUCAGCACUGUAAAGAAGGUGGCGGCAGCGUUUCCAAAGACCUGCAACAACGACCAGCUCCAGGGCCCCGGCAUGUACAGUAUUUCUUGUUCUUGUGGAAAGGUCUACAUAGGACAAACAGGAAGGCACAUCAACACGAGGUUAAAGGAACACAAAAGUCACCUCAAAAAUAUCAACUGGGAAAAAUUGGCAGAAGCAGAGCAUAGGCCGGACACGGGACACACAGUGGAUUUGAGUGAAGCCAACAUGGUGGUGAGAAGGACGUUGACGUGGAUCUGCCAGGUAUAUGGAAGAGAGUCAUCCGUGAAAGCAACCCACUGGAACGUCAACAACGCGUACGAAUUCACCCACUGGAACGUCAACAACGCGUACGAGGUCACCCACCGGAACGUCACGGAUCAGUGA